AUGCAAGUACAUCAAGAAUCCGCUAUCACAGACUCAAAAUAAUUGACUUACGAUGAAGCAUUGACCUAAGUUGGUGGUGAAGGUUUUUAUUAAAAAAGAGCCUUCUUAAUAUUUGGAUUGUAAUGGCUGAUAACCAGGUUAUAAAGAAUUACUAAUUUUUUUAGUUGGAUAUUGUUUUCACCUGUCUUCUUUUUUAUUAAACCGACAAUAGAUUGUUAGUCAAAUGCUGAAUGUCUAAACUCGUGUACAUCUGAAUCAUUGGAUGAAAAGUGCUUGGCUUACAUUUGUGUACAUGAUUAUAAUAAUUUAGGAUGAUUCAUUUCGUUAAGAAUUUGUCAUAGGUGAAUCAUUAAACACAGCUUUUAAUGCUUUGUUACCCUGUCACAAAACCUUAUAAUCAAUAAUUUAAUCUAUUGUUUAUCUUGGUUCUGUAUCUGGGUUGAUUAUAUUCUCAUUCAUUGCUGAUAACUAUGGUAGAAAAAUGUCAAUGUCAAUUUCUUGGUCCAUGACUUCAUUAGGAGCCCUCAUAGUUACUGUAUAUUAAAUGUAUAAUUUUUAAGUUUGCGAUGAAUUAUUAAAUGAUAGCCAUAGGACUGUUCUUCUUAGGGUUUGGAGGUAAUCCAACGAUUACUGUUCAUUAUUCAUUUAUCAAUGAGCAUUCCUGUAAGUUAUUUAUAUCAAAGAUUUUAUAGAAGGUAAUUUUCGAGAAAUUUAAAAUGUUGGAGUCUAAGUAUUUUUUGCCUUGGGAGAGUUUGGAAUUAUAGCAUUAGCAUAUUUUAUUACUAAUUGGAGAUGGCUUGCAGUUUCAGUUGCAAUUCCAUCAAUUUUGUUGAAUAUUGGCAACUUGUUGAUAUUUGAAUCUCCAUAAUUUCUAUAUACAAAAAAUAAGAAAAAAUGUGUCAAGGUUCUUAAUUAAAUUGCCAAACUAAAUGGAACUCAACCAAUAAAUAUUGAUGAUUUACAAUCUAACCCAUAAAUUAAAGAAAAUAAUUCUAGAGUAUAUUCCAUUUUGGAUUUAUUGAAAUAUAAGUCCUUAAGGUAUGUAUUUUUUGCUGGAGUGAUGAUGUUUUUUGCAAUUAAGGUGACAUAUUAUGGAAUCAGUUUUGUAAGUGAUCAAUUAGGUCUCAAUUUCUUCACUACUAAUUUCAUUAUUGCUUUUUUUGAACUAUUAGCAUUUGCAACUUUAGGUAAUCUAUUAUUUUACUUUAGACUUUUUUAUAACAAAAUUGAAAAGAAAAACAAACAUUAUAACUGGGUUCUUCAUUAUAGGAUUGAUGAGCUUAUAUUUCCUUUUCUAAAGUGAUCACAUAGUAUUUCGAAUUUUUGAAGGCAUUUUUGCUGGAGUAUGUUUAUUAAAUAAUCUUAAUAGAUGAUGAGAUUUCUGGUCUGUGCAGUUUGGGCUUUAGGAUAUAUUUAUGUCUCUGAAUUAUUCCCUUCUGUCGUUAGAUCUCUUGCAUUAUGUUUAAUUUCGGCUGGAGGAUCUUUUGGUAGUAUAGCUUAAGCAUUUUUAAGUAAUUUAUGCUCUUCUCUACAUGUUCAUCCAAUGAUUGGUUUUGGGGUAAUUUGCAUUUUAUGUUCUUUACUAUUGUUCCCUCUAAGAGAAACACUACACCAGCCUUUAAGAGAAAAGAUUGAAGAAGACCAAACUCGAAUUAGAAAGAGUAUGAUUCAUGUAAAUGAUUCAGAAAAAAAUACAUCAUAUCCAGUUUUAUUAGCAAGCGAUGCAUGA